AUGCUUCUCCGCCGCGGCCCUCGGGCGUCCCUCAACAGGCUUCGGAGCCCCGAUACCCAUCUCUCCCAAGCGCGAGACUAUCAUCAACAGUAUACCACACACUCGGUCGCGCUAGGACUGCUCUGCCGGCGAAACAAGAUGGGCAGUCCUGAACUCCCCAGCAAUGGCUCGAGAAGCCUCGCGACCGCCGUUGACGGUGGCCUCUUCACGCGUGGGCCCUUCGACCCGAUCCCUUCACCCUCACACACAUCCGCCUCGUCAUUUGAUGCGCCCCUUGCCAGUGCUCCCUACUACGAACUACGUCCCUUUGACGUUUCUGAAGCCCUUCGACUCGAUGACCCUACUCCUACGAUACCAAGGCUGCGGAUGAACCGGCAAGGCAUCUCUGGCGAUGUUGAAGAACUCAUCGCCGUAUUCAACGCCUGUCUUCAAGUACAGAAGCUUGACCGAGCCCAGCUGGUACUCAAGCGCCUAGGCCAGUUCGACGAAUAUCCCAAAGAGCAACUCGUCAUGCUGCACAACAUGUACUUGGGAACCUCGCUCGACCAGAUGCGUUUCAGCCCCGACCAAACCGCUCUCGAAGAGCUACACAAGUGGUACGAACUGGAGAUUCGCCGCCCUGGUCUGCCUCAAACGGCCGAGACCAUUGCCUGCAUGCUCAAGAUUUCCAUUUUAUCGCAACGAGGCCCUAGGCUGAGCCGGUCCGUUUCUCGCUACAUGGGAAUGGCCCCGGGCGAGGCUGGACUCGAAGUCCUCUCCAUGGCAGACAUUCUUUCCGACCAAGAUCUUGCUGUGAUUACCGAGAUCUGCCCUACCUAUAACCUUGUCACCGAAGAGGAGGCAGUCUCCGCAUUACCCUCAUCGGAUACCACCGAAUCCGUUUCUCCUCCUACCGAACCCCUCAGCGAGAUGCCCAAAGUUAUGCCCACCCCCAAAAGGGCCUUACGCCGUGAAAUCCAGAGCCGGCUCGAGCGUGACUGUAUCGAUGCGGCCGUUCAAAGGUGGAGGGAGGAGCACGAGGCCAUGCAGAAGAUGGGCGUGACGUCGAUGAUUACCGCCGAAAGCCUAGGCUCUCGCAUGUAUGACUGGCAGUGUGCUUUGGAGGAUAGGCUCAAGGACGAACUUGACAAGAUCGAGAUCGCCGAAACUAAGACGGAAAGGAAGCGGGAAGAGGACUUUGAUAGGUGCCUCUACGGCCCUUUUCUGCGGCAGUCUACGCCAGCCCGACUCGCUGCCGUGACCAUCUUGGCCACCCUUAACGCGGUGUCCAUCAUGGGUGUCGAAAAGGGCGCGAAGCUUGCGGCGACGAUCAACGGCAUCGCCAAGCUUGUCGAGGAGGAUAUUCGCGAACAGGUGACGAUGAAAUCGAAGCCUUCCCAACGCCAUGCGAAGCACUUGCGCCGCGUCCAGGCCGCCUUCCGCGAUCCCGAAGUAACAAUCGAUGCCGCGAGCCCCGAGGCCCCCGAAGCAAUCAUCUCACCUACUCCCGUCGGUGCGGCUCUCUUGUCCGCCCUCAUCGAUACCGCCAAGAUCAAGGUGUUCCGCAAGCACCCCGAAACCAAGGAAACCAUCAGCCAGUAUCAACGCGCCUUCCACCACACCAAGAAGCUCAGCAAGGGAAAGAAGGUCGGCAUGCUCUUUGUGCACGACGACCUCGUUGCUCUCCUCCAAAAGGAGCCCAAGGGCAACUUCCUUGCCAAGCACUUGCCCAUGGUCGUGGAGCCAGAACCUUGGUCGAAAUUUCUCAAGGGCGCUUUCUUGGAAACUUCGGCCAACCUUGUCCGCCUCAAGCUGGGCGAAAAGGAUCAGCGCAUGUACACAGAGGCCGCCAUGUCCCGAGGUGACCUAGACCAGAUGCUCAAGGGUCUCGAUGUUUUGGGAAAGACGGCUUGGAGGAUCAACAAUCCUGUCCUCAACGUCAUGCUCGAGGCCUGGAACAAGGGCGACGAGAUUGCGAGCAUCCCGGCUCUUGAGCCCGAUAUCCCAUCCCCACCCGAACCCGAGGGAGAUGACCGCCAGGCCCGUAGCGCGUGGCACCGAGCCGUUGUAGCUGCCGAGAACAAGAAGUCCGGUUUCCAUUCCGUUCGGUGCUUUACCAAUCUGCAGCUCGAGGUCGCUCGUGCUUACAGGAACCAAACCUUCUACUUCCCCCACAACAUCGAUUUCCGAGGCCGUGCCUAUCCCCUACCCACUUACCUCAAUCACAUGGGCGCUGACCACGUCCGUGGCCUUCUCCGCUUCGGCACGGGCAAAGCGCUAGGCGACGCCGGCUUGCGGUGGCUCAAGAUCCACACUGCCAACGUGUACGGCUUCAGCAAAGCGAGCUUGGACGAGCGCGAGGCUUUCACCGACGAGAACCUGAGGAACAUCCUGGACUCGGCCGCGAAUCCUCUCAACGGCUCCCGCUGGUGGCUCGAAGCCGAAGAUCCUUGGCAAUGUCUUGCCGCUUGCUUCGAGCUCAAGGCCGCCCUCGAGUCCCCCGACCCGAAGCAGUUCGUCUCGACCCUCCCCGUGCACCAGGACGGCACGUGCAAUGGCUUGCAGCACUACGCCGCCCUUGGCGGUGAUACCUGGGGUGCGCAACAGGUUAACCUCGAACCCGGCGAGCGACCGGCCGAUGUCUACUCGGCCGUCGCCACUCUCGUCAUUGACUUAAUUGAGAAGGACUGCGAGCAAGACAACCCCUUUGCCAAGGCGGUCCAAGGAAAGAUCACCCGCAAGGUCGUCAAGCAGACCGUCAUGACGAAUGUCUACGGCGUCACUUUUGCCGGCGCGAAGAAGCAAGUCUGCAAGCAGUUGGAUGCCGCAUAUCCCACUCUUGAGGAGGAGAGCGGCUUCCCUGCCAUCUUACUCGCUAGCUACAUUGCCCACCAUAUCUUCAAGGCCAUGUCUACCAUGUUCAAGGGAGCCCACGAGAUCCAAACGUGGCUUGGAGAGGUCGGCGGGCGGGUGUGCAACUCGCUGGUGCCCGAGCAGCUCGAGCGUAUUGCAGGCGAUGAAGAUUCUGCUCAAGCCUCCAACAAGGCGCGAUCGCGGGGCCGGAAAACGGCCCGUUCAGGUCUCGAGGAGCUCACCGACCGCUUCAAGAACACCAUUGUCUGGACAACUCCCCUCCGGAUGCCCGUCGCCCAGCCCUACCGGAAGAGCGCCACGCGCGUCAUUCCCACCUGUAUCCAAGACCUUUCCCUUACCAUUCCCGACCUCGCCGACCCGUGCAGCGAAGAGGGGCUCUCGUUCGCCGCCGUCCACGAUUCCUUCUGGACGCAUGCCGCGGAUGUUAAUUCCAUGAACUCGAUCCUGCGCGACUCCUUUGUGCGCAUUCACACCGAGGACGUCAUUGGGCGCCUCAAUGCCGAAUUCGAGGCCAGGUACAAGGGCUCCGUGUACCUUGCCAAGAUUCGCCAGAGCUCAGAGCUCGCGCCAAAGCUCCUCGCCUCCUCCGAUCCCGCAGAGGUCGAGCAGGGUAAGGCUAUGGUCACCGCCGGUAGCAUCUUUGAAGAAUUCUCGGCGACAGAGUCGGACGCCCUAAUGCCCCUCGAGGGUGCCGAAGAAGUUGGCCUCGGCAGGAUCACGGACACCGAGGUUGAAGACGUGCUUGCGGACGGAGACGAGGCCAGCGUCGAACCUAUCGAAGCGGCCGAGUCGGAGGAGAACUCAUCCGAAUGGGUUGACCGCGUCUUGCACAGCAUGAAGAAGCCGCAUUUUGGGAUGUCGGAGGAACCCAAGAAGCGAAAGGUGGCGCCCAAGACUAUCCAGGUCUGGCUGCCCCUGACUUUCCCUCCGGUCCCCGAAAAGGGCGAUUUUGAUGUACGAAAGCUCAAAUCGAGCCAGUAUUUCUUCUCUUGA